CCGCCAUGGCGGUGCCGAGCCGCGGCGCUUGGCGGCUGCUGCUGCUGCUGCUGCUGGCCGGUUCCGCCGCCAGCCCGGCGGACGAGGGUGGCGGGCGGCGGGAGGCGGGCGGCGGCGAGCGCGGCGGCGGCGGCGACGAGACGGCGCGGCCUCACCACGACUCCUCGUACGGCACCUUCGCCAGCGAGUUUUACGACCUGCGCUACCUCUCCGAGGAGGGUUACCCUUUCCCUACUGCUCCUCCUGUGGAUCCAUUUGCAAAAAUCAGAGUAGAUGACUGUGGAAAAACCAAGGGAUGUUUCAGGUAUGGUAAACCUGGAUGUAAUGCAGAGACUUGUGACUAUUUUCUAAGUUACCGUAGAAUAGGAGCUGAUGUUGAAUUUGAGUUGAGUGCCGAUACUGAUGGCUGGGUGGCAGUGGGAUUUUCUUCAGACAAGAAAAUGGGAGGAGAUGAUGUCAUGGCUUGUGUUCAUGAUGAUAAUGGAAGAGUCCGAAUACAGCACUUUUAUAACGUUGGUCAGUGGGCUAAAGAAAUCCAGAGAAAUCCUGCUAGAGAUGAAGAAGGGGUCUUUGAAAAUAAUCGUGUAACAUGUCGAUUCAAGCGUCCUGUAUAUGUUCCCCGAGAGGAAACUAUUGUAGAUCUGCACUUGAGUUGGUACUAUUUGUUUGCCUGGGGUCCAGCAAUUCAGGGUUCUAUAACUCGUCAUGACAUAGACUCACCACCUGUAUCAGAGCGUGUUGUCAGUAUUUACAAGUAUGAAGAUAUUUUCAUGCCAUCAGCUGCCUAUCAGACCUUCUCUUCUCCAUUCUGCUUGCUCCUGAUUGUUGCACUGACCUUCUAUUUAUUGAUGGGAACCCCAUGACUGCUGGAAAAUAGCAAGAAUUUGUCAGUGGAAGUUUCUCAGGAUGGAUGGAUAGAUGGAUGGAUGAUGCACUUUUUUAUUGGAAUUUAUAUCAGACCACCAUCUUCAUCUAGCUGCUUUUGAACAUAGCUUCUCUGGAGAAGGAAAUAACAUCUCCUUUGAGUGGCAGAGUGGUGACAAAUCAUUUAAGAAAAAUUAGUGAACAAGUAGCAGAGUUUUUCAAUGUUAUGGCUACUUGCUUAAAGAAAAGAAGACUUUUGUAAAGUGUGUGUGUGGGUGUGUUUGGGGGGGGAUGUCUGUAUGCAUGUUUGGGAGAAUUUAGUGUUGGAUAUCUUAUCAAAUAACAAAAUUGCCUUCCAAAUUGCUCCCAAAAAGCAAAAUUGGGGAAAUAUUAUAAUGCUGUUUGACACUUUUGGUGCAGCUAGCACAACUCCAAGUGCAGAUGCUGAACUUAGGAUCUGGGUAUUGAUACCAGAAUAUAAAACCUACCCUUCAGUAAUGGAUAGUCCUUCUCUCAAAUUUUUUUAUAUUUAUCAAGGUUUACUUGUUCUGGUACUUUCUGAAACUAAACUUGCAUAAUCAAGCAUAAAUAUGAAUUUUUUUCAUGGAAAAGCAGUGAUGAAUGUCUUUAUAAUAAUAGUUCCUCAACAGCCUCCUUGAGAGGAACAGCUACUUCUUUCAUGAAUGAGCUAUGAAGCUUUUUAAACGGGGGAAAGGAAAAUACGGUAAUGUAAAAUUUCUACACAUAGAAAAACAGGUGUAAAACUGAACCUAGAAGUUCCCAAUAAGCCAUAGGGCAUCCUCCCAAUAGAUGAAAUAAAUUUUUCUCUUUUUAUGAAGGAACAUUAAUAUUGUUGACAUGUAAAUACAUUUUAAGCAGUUGUGUAGUAGUGUUAAGGAAUCUGAUUUUCUUUGUCGUAUGCCUAUAUAUCCUUUUCAUGUUAAAGAUGAAUAUGGGCAGCUGAUGUUAACUUACAAAGAAAUAGAAAUAUAAUUGAGAUUAUUUGUAAGGAAAGGUAGGGAUUAGUAACAAGAACAGUGUCUUUAGCUUCAUCAAACCAUUGCUAAAAAUAUAGUUAUUGUGGAAAAAUAUAAGUUAAAGAGGAAAUACAUUAGAAUUUUCUAUCACCAAUAAAUAUUACACAAAAUGGAUGCUAAAUGUUAUCAAAAUGGAAAUUGUUGAAAUAUAUUUAUGAGCCACAGGGUAUUAUAAAAAACUUUGAAUUAUUGUGCAGAAUUUCUGUUCUUUACAUGUAUACAAGUAGCAGUAACAUGUGCUUAGAUGAGGUUGCUCAUUCACAUCCCAACUUGCAUUAUUGGACCAAGAUUCUAUCAUCUGGUGUGAUACACUUGAGGAUCCUGUAACAUAUGGUUCUAGUAAAUUAUCUGAUGGACCUCUCUUCUACUUUCAUUGCUGCACAGAGUGUAGAAUAGUAAAAAAAAAAAAAAAGAAGAAAAAAAAAAGUUCCAUUGGAUUUGAAUCAUCAUUCACAGAUUGAAGUUUUUAGGCUAAUUUUUUUUAGGCUUUGCUUUCUUCAAAACUAUGUGCUUAAAGUAUGUGAAUUAGGUUUGAAAAGGAAUUUUUCUCCAUUACAAACACUUUAUCCCUAUUUCAAAAGGAAGAUCAUGCAGUAAUAUAUAUUCAUUGAUGUCUUUAAGGAUUUGCUCACUUUUAAUUGCUGGACUAAAGUUUAAGAGAGGAGAGAAUUUUAAAAGUCCAAAUGGUGGCUUAAUUUAGUAUAAAUUACCUCUCCAGAGUUGAAUGACCAACUCAUUAUUUGAUGAACUAUAAAUAUAAUGGAGACAACCUAAAGAGGACAGUCUGCUUUGGACUAUUAUGGCUAUAAAACAUAGCCUUAAGAUUGGCUGAAGCAGAGAGUUGAAGUCUUGGAUAAUGAGUUUCAUAUGAAGCAGCCAGGUGAAGUGAAGACAUCAUUAGGGCAAAUUCUUUCUCCUUUGUGCUAAUUUUUAGGCAGUUAAGGGAACUCAGCUACUUCAGUUCCCCAUCAGAGAUCACAGUAAAUUAAAGUAGCCUCAGAACUGCUUUAGUUUAUGGCCUUGUAUUUAUUGUUUUAGUUUCAGGCACUUACCUGAUUACCUACUAAAAGACUAAUUAAUAAUUGAAAAGUACUGAAGUAGAGAGCCAUUUUGUCUCCUCUUUUCCUCUUUACUACAGUGCUGGAUUUAGGAUAGCCUGGCUGGAUCUAAGCAUCACCAUAUGUCAAAGAUGACAAAAAUAAUACCAAGGUAAAAGUACAAAACACACAUAGCUUCUCUCCACUUACGUGGGAGUUGGGUAUGUUUAUAGAUUGAAAGUUCAGACUCUAAACCAAUAGCAAAUUCAGAGCUGAGAUGUAACACAGCCCCUUAUGGGUACAUCCAUUGCAAAGUAUACACUGUUUUAGUCCUCAGCUGUACCUGUGUUGUAAAUUAGGGUGAAAAUUUAAUUACAGUUUGUUCCUACUUGCAGUUUACUUGCCAGUGCGUUGUCUGGUGGUUUUCUGUUGCUAUAUUUCUCUUGUUGAAGUACUAGCAGAACUGUGCAUGUCUAUAAAAACUUUCUAAGGAGCUUCUCAAAGUACUUAAAUAGCACUAAUUAAAUAUUUCUAAUAAUAGGAGGAAAUAAAAGUCCACAACAAACAGCAAAACAAUCCAUUCUUUGGCAUUUCAAGUAAUGGUUGAGUUCAGCUUUACUAUUAUUUACUAGUAAAAUACUCCAAAGUUUUGCACACUACUUCACAAAUAUUAGAAGAGCCACAAUUCUCACUCUAAAGACUGCAAUUAGCAGAGGUAAAAUAGAUGGUGUAAGGAGAACUAAAAGCUGAAAACAACUGUGGUGAAUAAGAAGCAAGAGCUGGGAUAAAGUUUUGUAGUGAAGGAAGCUUGCUGUAUCUUGGCACUUCCUCUGGAAGUUGCUCUUCAGAGUGGGAAAACAAGGAAUGUCAGCUUUCCAGAUUCAAAUUUUGAACAAAGAAGGUAUAAAUGUUUAGAAACUAGUUGUUGGAAAGAAGUAUAAGGACAAAAUUAUAGCAAGACCAUCAGAGAGAAGAAAAGGCUUGAACUCAGUGGUAGUCGACUUUGUAUGAUAACUGGUAAGUUGUAACAGUUGAGUGGGUGUAGUAAUUUGUCAUGGAAGUCGGGGAGGGGGGUUCUGUUUAAUAUUAAAAAGCAUGAUUGAUUCCUGUUACUAUGAAGUGACUGUAACUUGCUUCAAAGUGAUUUUUUUUUAAGUGGAUAUGGCAUUUCAGAGUAGUUUUUCAGAUUUCUCUAGUUAACAUAUAUCAAUAGCAACCAGGAAUUUUGAAAAUGUCUCUCUCGGAAAAAGAGUUUCUCUUCCAGAUCAAGUAAUUUUUAGUUUCCUUAUGGUGACUACCAGCAGGCCAGCUAUUAAGCAACACAAGGUUGCAUCCAUUUCUGAAGUUUUAUUUUGAGAGAGAGAAUAACUUUGAUUGUUAAUUAAAAAGAUAGCAUUGGAAAAGACCAUAAGGCAUUAGCUGACAUCCUUGAAUGUGUUCAUCACAUACAGAACAAAACUGUGACCAUUGCUUGUUACAUCAAAUAUAAUAUCACCUUCUGUUCACUCCGUCCACCUUAGCUAUAAUGUCUUGUUUUAUACUUGAAGUUUGUAAGCUAUUUGGAAGAGAAACCAGUUUCUUAUAUUUGUGACAGUGCCUAUCACAAAUGGACCUUGAUUUUUUACUAUAAUGUCUAACUGCUACUCCACUACAAAUAAUAAGUAAGGCCUGAAUUUACACCGUAGAGAGUAGGGUAGGAAAGAGAGAGAAAUGAGUGGAAAGGAUAGAACUUUAGAAAAAUUAUUUUUUUUUUAAGAGAAUCAAAUAAUUAUAUGUAUCUUAUGGCUGAGACACUUCUAGAUGCUAAUUGACUUUUUUUCCCUCAAAAGGUCUGAUUUCAUAAUGUCAUUGGAUACAGGGUGAUGCUUUUAUCCAAAAUGCCAUUAUGAUAAGGGGACUAUUCUGUUUUUGAGAGAGAAUAUAUUGAUGAGAAAAUGUUGAAAGCCCUCUGAGGCCUUCUUGUCCUUUUUGAUUGGUUUUGCAGCACCCGGGUAGAAAGAAAAUAAAUGCUUGUGGUCUCCCUAAUCUAAGGAAACCCCCAUAUUGGGAUGAAUGUGUCAAAGUUGUGUUUGGCAUGGACUUUCCUAAUCUUCAACGCAGGGAGUAAAGAAUGACUGGAGCACUGUGUAUGGCAGCAAAUCCUGGCCACCAGGUGAUGGCUUUGGAAUGUGCUUGGGUUGCUGUAUCUUGGGGCUGAACCAAGCCCAAGAGCUCCACAACUGCCUCUGUGAGCAUGCCCCUGUGCUCAAUGACUGCUGUGAAAUGAAAAGAGCAAACAACAUGGCCAGUUCUAUAACAAAUCCCUUAAAUAUGCAUACCCUUUUUUGCCGAACUGUGGCUGAUAUUGAGACUGUAAAUGUUAAUGACUAGUCUUCCUCUGAAAAGUAGCGUGCUCUUUGUCACUAACUUGUGUUUCAUCCCCGUUUCCACAGAUGCCUUGUACUAUUUAGCAAGAUGAUUGUGAGAAGUCCUAACCCAGCUGUGAAGAGGAGUUAGUGGGUAAGGAGGACUGACACACAGCUCUCCCUAUGACAGUUGCAAAGUUACCCAAAUCAUAGUUAGAAAUCUAUCAUUGAUGAUAUUCCAGUUAUCUGUAAGUAAAUGACUGGAAACUGUUUAAGGGAUAGGGUAGGCCCCCUCCUGGUCUUCAAUUUUGCUUCUCCUUACUUUCCCAUUCCGCUAGUGGCGCAGUUGUUUACAAAGAAGAAAGAAAAUGAUCCCCCUUUUAGAGCCCUCUGAUCAUUCCAGAUCUCUUCUGGGACCACUGAAGGGUUGCACCACACUGUACUUCCUCUAGGAAGGAUUAAAUUUAUACAUACACCUCAUAACUUUUAUUAGUUUUUAAAUUUCAUUUUGUGCCCCUUUGAUUUGCCAUGCUAAUGUGUAGCAAAUAUACUUUAUUUUUUAGCUCUUCUCUAAAUAAUUUCCCUAAACAAAUAUAUUCAGUAAUAGCUUUAGGAGAGGAAAUGUAUUUUACAAGCAGAACUACAAAAAAUACAGUAUCACUCUUUUUCAGAGAUGCUUAUUGUAAGAUACCUAAUAUUUUAUAUGAAGAAUUACAGGUCUAGAGCCUUAGAUCUGUGGAAGAAGUGGAAAUGCAUUUAAAUAUAGCAGCUGUUUUAGUACCUCACAAAGCUGUGCAAACAGGUGGCCUGCGUGAAUUGGCAUCCUCCAUUUCAACGCAGGUAAUAAGCAGGUGAAGCAGUCUUCUUGAAUGCUAUAUAAUGAGGCAUUAGUGACCUUAAAUACCUUAGGAUAAAAGAGCAGAAAGAUUUAUAGUAAGGCUGAAUGGCAAGGAAGGGCUAAUGGUUUUGUCAUACUUACUAUUUCUGCACAAAUUUACAUGUGGCAGAACACUUCUGCCACUCUUAAUCACAUGAAAAUUGUACUUGUUAUGAAUAGAAGAAACGGCAUCUGACUUUAGCUGAAUUUAGCUUUUAUGUAGAUCCUACCUAUGCAUGGGCUGAUGUGGGCAGAAGGUGAUUAUGCAUCAAGAUAUGUACUCAUGUGAAAUUCCAACAUUUGAGCUGGAGGCUUCAUUUUGUCCUUAGAAAUAUGAAAACCUGUCAAGACCUUGUGCAUGCAUGGUAGCGGCCAUCAGCUGCUGGGUAUGUACCUGCUCACUGGCCACUUUACAAACCAUCAGGCUGUGCCAGUUUGAGUACCAAGAGAUGAGAGCUCUCAAUCUUUUCUUAUCAGCUUUCACUGUACAUUGUGUAUUUCCCCUAAUUAAAAUUUCAUUAUCAGUGUCUCUGUAGUGGUGCGUUAGGGCCUAAUGCAGCUCUCGCACAGCAUGGCCAGCACAGAUACGGAUAUAACUGGCAGCCUGGAAAGUUUUUAAAGAAAAUCUCCUUUCCCUGAGUACAAAAACCAAUCAGAAGAAAGUCAUUUAUAUAUGUUUACCAUAUGCCAGCUCUUCAUCAAUUCUGUUUUUUCAUAUCCAGCUAUUUCUGCAUGCAAUUUAUAUUCUAAGUGUAUGAUUUUUGCAGAUACAGAAUAAGAGCUAGGUAAACCUUUCUUCUCUAAACCUGUUUUAUUAGUUCAAUAUAGUAUGAAAUAAUCACUUAGGUAGCUUUAAUUUUAUUUUUCUGGUUUUACAGAGAGUUUGGCAAAGCUAUAUAUGCUUGUACUUGGGUAUUUAACCUCUCUAUACUGGGCUCAGAUAGUGAGGAAAACAGUGUAAUUCCAUAGAGUUAAGGAGCACUUGUGCAGCUUGUGAAGUUGCUAAGUGUCAAGAAGCAGACUCAAAAUACUUGGCUUUCUUUGAAAAUCUGUGAUUGAAUUUGCAAUAGCAACUACUGUGCUGUAAGAAAACGGGCAGAGCGUUUUGCCUGAAUUGCUAGGUAAUUUGAAUUGCACUCAUUCAGAAUGAUUGCUGCUUUGCCUUGUUUCUGUUUCUUACCUAAGUAGGAAUGUUCUUCCAGGCUGAUAUGAGGUUGGAAUAUAUGUAGAGCUUUACAGCACAUAUGUUAUCAAAGCUGCUGCUCAAUAUUCUAGGCCUGUUUUGAUCUACAAUUAGAGGAUAUUUAGGAAUGUUCUUACAAGGUGAAAUUUUAUGUGGCAGUCUUAAACUUUCUGCAAAGCUAUUGUGCUCAUAUACUCUGUAGACUAGAUCUCUACAAAAAGUGUUACCUAUUAGCAGUAGUCUUCUGAGCCAUUUCUAAAUUACUCUUUGCUCAAAUUCAUGUUUACAUUUCUGAACAUGUAAAUGCAUUUUUCAAAAGUGCCAAGCAGCUGCAAAUCUUACAUGGCUUUAAAGCCUACUCAUAGCAGCGAGCAUUUUUGGCAACCAGUGAUUGCAAGGUGUUGCCUAAUUUAGUUUCACAGACUUUCUUAAGCUUGACAUCAUUCAGUUCAAUUUCAGAAGAUGGAAAUAGUAGAAGACUAAAUAAAGGAACAGUUCACUUGGAUUCUGUGCAAAAGAACAGAAAUAUUCAUGCUGUUUUUUCACAGCAUUGCUUUGCAAAGUUUACAUUAAUGAAAAAUUUUCUUUCUAGAAAUAAUAUUUAGGCAAAAUAAUUUUGCUGAAGUUAUCAGCGUGUGUGUAAAUCUGAGAAUUGUACAAGACAGCUUAGAAAUAAAAAGGCAGGCUAUGCAUUGGAGAUUACAAGAAGACAAAAUGCAGAGUCAUAUGUGUUCCUUAACCCCUACCUAAUUUUUUGGACAAACUGGUCCAGAAGAAUAUAUAGCAAUAUGUCAUGUCACCUGUUAAGGUGUUAUGUUUGCAGUUUUUAUAUACUAACUUUUGUCACCUUCUUCAGUACAAAAAUUAGCCUCAUGCUUGCCUUUUAAAGUAUUAUUUUUGUUUCUUUCCAAGCAAGAGGGAAAAAGGAGAGGUUCAGGGAAUCAAGGAAAUAUUGUCAUAUACAGUAUUAGGGUAAUGGGAGAGGAAGCACAGAUGCCACAUUUAAGUUGAGGAAGAGGAAAGCUUAUUGCUUAAUGAGCUGAAAGUAGCAUUCAGGUCUUGAAACAGAUAGUCAAAGAUGAAAUUCUGAACCUGUUAGCUUUAUGAGAAAAAUUAACUAGUGGGAUCACAAUAUUUGCCUGUGAUGUCCCCAACCUUCACUAAAGGAAAUAUUUUUUGUUACCAUAUUUGAAACAUCAUGAAUUCUGUUUAGCUUAAGACAGAUGUCUGGUAUGUUUUGGUAUUUCUGAUUAAUCUAUCUUGAGGUCUGGUUUGUUUUAACCGCUUUGCGAGUAAGCAGACUGUUAUAACUAUGCUAACUCUUGCCACUUUGUUUUGUAUUAAUUACACAAAUUGUAAUGGUUGAAUCUAAAAUGUCAGCUCUACCUUUUAAUUUUGUUCAGUGUUCUCAAAAGUAAAUUCCAAUCAAUAUAUAUGGAUAAGCAACUUGUAA